CCCCCCCCGCGAGCGCCCAAGGUGCGCACAUUGUGACCGACUCAGCAGGAAAGUGGAUUUUCUUUGUGUUUAAAGAAAAAAAAAAUGUCCCUGUGUCUGUAGAGAUGAUUUGCAGUUCAGCCCGGCUGAAGCUGACCGAAUGAGACUAUGGGCUGUGCCUCCGCCAAGCAUGUUGCCACUGUUCAAAAUGAAGAGGAAGCCCAGAAAGGGAAGAACUACCAGAACGGAGAUGUGUUUGGCGAUGAGUAUAGAAUCAAACCGGUGGAAGAGGUCAAAUACAUGAAAAAUGGGGCAGAAGAGGAGCAGAAAAUAGCAGCCAGGAACCAAGAAAACUUGGAAAAAAGUGCCAGUUCAAACGUAAGACUUAAAACUAAUAAAGAGAUUCCAGGAUUAGUUCAUCAACCCAGAGCAAACAUGCACAUCUCUGAAAGCCAACAAGAAUUCUUCAGAAUGCUGGAUGAAAAAAUUGAAAAGGGUCGAGAUUACUGUUCGGAAGAAGAGGAUAUCACAUAGCACCAAUUCUACCACUCAAACCAGGAGCUACUUACUACUGUGUAAAUAAGUUACACCCCAGUUGAAAUCUUUGCAAAGGUCGGUUCUCUUCAGCGAACAGCUCUAUAGCAAAAGAAGAUCGUUCCAUAUCGUAUGCCCCAUUAAAUUACAGUGUUUCUUAAUGAACUCGCAAAGGAAUAUUGCUAAAAACAAACAAACAAAAAACUGUUCUCGAACUUUCUUUGUUGCUGCUAGUUAAAACUUGUUGCAACUUUUCACUUCUCUUGUGUCCAGGUAUGCAGCAAAAUUCUGCAAUUUCACCUUAAAGAUAACUGUUGGUUUUACAGAUGCCCUCCAACCUAUUUUCUAUAAGAUGAGGUAGUGGUGAACUCAGAUAUCAAACUCCUCUUGUAGAACUGUUCCGCUUUUAAGACGAGCGUUUCCUUCCCUCUCUCCUCCCUCCCUGUCUCUCCCGAGUGGUCCAGAGCCUUGCUUCUCACUUGCGCUUUGGAGAUGGGAUGGUCGCUAUGGCAAGCUUUGUUUCUCUGCUAUGAAGAAGUAGAGAAGCUCUUAUGCAUUAAAAGCAUGUUGUGAUGUGACUCCCAAAGGGACGUAGGGGUGAACAGCAGGUUUCGUUGAGUAGGGAUCUUCAUCAAGGAUUAAGCUUGCAACAUUGGCUUUGCUCAGAUGCAGACGGAAGUGUGAUCACAAUCAUUUUGAAUCCCUCUUCCCCACUUUUUUUUCUAAGAAAAUAAACAUUUUACUGUUUUUAUGUA